CCAUCGUCAUGGCUUGGUCAUCCGGAAGGGAGUCACCGAUGCUCGAGAUCCGGGUGCAUUCCCACCGUGGUAACUCCCCUACACCAGAUUCUCCAACCCUGAUCACCAACCAAUCAUCACGUCCUAAUGAUCACCCUUCGGUGCAUGAAUUUAAACCUUUUAAGGAUUGGAGUUGUUGGUUAGUGCCUACAAUUGUUUCCAUAAAUGUGUUUCUCUUCUUUGUUUCCAUGUUUGUCAACAAUUGUCCUGCCCAUUCAAACAAAUGCAUCGCACCAGGGAUCCUUAAACGCUUGGCUUUUGAGAGCUUCAAGAUAAACCCUCUUCUUGGUCCGUCUCCUGCCACGUUGGUAAAAAUGGGAGCUUUAGAAUACAAGAAGGUAGUCGAAGAAAGCGAAGAAUGUUAGGGGGAAUGGCGCAUCCUAACUUGUAUGUGGUUACAUGCCGGUGUGUUCCAUGCGUUGGCAAAUAUGUUGGGUUUAGUCUUUAUAGGGUCUCGCCUCGAGCACGAGUUUGGAUUUUUGAGAAUUGGGGUGCUUUAUAUAUUAUCUGGAAUUGGUGGCAGUAUUUUAUCGUCACUGUUUGUGAGAACAACCGUCUCCGUUGGUGCUUCUGGAGCAAUAUUUGGCCUACUAGGAGGAAUGCUCUCCGAACUUCUUACAAAUUGGACUAUUUACGCCAAUGUUCUUGCUGCAUUAUCGACCCUCAUCAUCGUAAUUCUCAUCAACAUUGCUAUCGGAAUUCUUCCACACAUAGACAAUUAUGCACACAUUGGCGGAUUUCUCACUGGCUUUUUCCUAGGGUUUGUAAUUUUAAUCCGUCCACAGUUCAAAUGGAUCAACCAAAGACAUGUCCCUUCUGGAUAUAUAGCUCCCACAACAAGAACCAAAUACAAAAGUUGUCAAUACAUACUUUUGAUUAUCUCCCUUAUAGCUUUACUCGUAGGAUUUACCACAGGCUUGAUUUUGCUAACUCGUGGAGUUGAUGGAAACGACUAUUGUUCUUGGUGCCAUUAUCUAACGUGCAUCCCUUCCCCUUUAUGGAGUUGUGAGUCACAUUGUAGGUUGGAGCAGUUAGACAAACAAUUGAACAUGACAUGUCUAACAAACCAAAGGUCCGGUUCUUAUACGCUCGAGGAUCCUAAUGACACCAUUGAGAUGCAAAAGUUACAAACGAUAGUGGAGGUGGCUGUGGCAAUGGCGGGGAUGGUGGCAAGGACUACAAGGUCAUGUCGGGGUGGUGGUGAUGCAAGGAUGGUGUUGGCGAUGUCGACAAUGGGUGGUAGAGUAGCCAUCGGCGGUUGUAGAGGCGUCAACGACAAUGGUGCCACCGUGUCAAUAUAA